GAUGCAUAGGCAUUCAACCUUGUUUAGGAUCAGAUCCACCACCCCAAGCCUCCUGGGAACUACAUCAAGAACAAUUUAGGAACUUUUAAAAAUCUUUUUCUCCACUUUCAUCUGCUCUAUUUUCUGAAAUCAAACGAUGGCCAAUGCAGGCAUACAGCUUCUCGGGUUUACGUUGGCCUUCCUGGGCCUCAUUGGCACGAUAGCAUCCACAGCCAUGGUGGAAUGGAAAGCUUCGUCGUAUGCAGGAGACAACAUCAUCACAGCUCAGGCAAUGUAUGAAGGGCUGUGGAAGAGCUGUGUAUCACAGAGCACUGGUCAAGUUCAGUGUAAAGUGUAUGAUUCACUUCUACAACUACCAGGGAUGGUACUGGGCACACGUGGACUGAUGCUGUGCUCCAUCAUCCUGAGCUUAAUUUCUAUGUUGGUGAACACGGUGGGCAUGAGGUGCACCACCUGCAUGGCGGAUCAACCGGAGCAGAAGGACAAAGUGGCUCUAGCUGGAGGGGUUAUCUUCAUCAUCGCUGGUCUGCUUGCUCUGGUGGGAACAUCUUGGUAUGGCCACAGAAUAGCCAAGGACUUCUACAACCCAUUCACUCCGACUAAUUCUAGAUAUGAAUUCGGAAGUGCCUUGUUUGUUGGAUGGGGAGCGGCCUGUCUCACCAUCAUUGGAGGGAGCUUCCUGUGCUGCAACUGCUCAAGCAAGGGCUCAGGGAAAUCUCCCCACCAUCCACCGUCCAGCUCCACAGGCCAGCCGGGCCGCGACUACGUGUAGGACAGUCGCUCCAUCCGGCCUUUGCAGGGAAUUGUCUUCUGUCUUUCAGAUUUUUGUUUCUGUUUCUUAAUGUUUUACAAUGUAUAUUUGCAGCAAAAAUAAGAAAAAAAGAAAAAAAUAUUGUUAUCCCUCAAGUACUACAUAAUAACUAUGGAAAUCAAUAUUGCAGAUGAUAAUAACUUGAACCAGUAUGUUUUUGUUAAUUGCUUUGAAACUUGCCACUAUUCCAUCAAUUCAUAUAAAAUAUAAUACUCAUUGCGUUCGUAAUAUUGUAUGUUUUUAUAGCAUCAUGGCUGGUGAUUAAAUCCCAUA